CAAUUGGCUUUCUGAUCGAUCUUGCUCGCAGUAUCAAGGAUGCUGUCUCAACGGAUCUUGGCCCGGCGCCUUCCCCAGGUGACUGCUUGCUUCACCGUUCCCCGUGCUUCUUUCUCCCAGCUUCGCAGCCUGGCUGCGCCAGAGCUCGAUGAUCCCCUGCAGAAUGGCAACUACCAGAACCCUCCCCGUAUGAAGCGGGCUUUCAGAGAUCCCUAUGGCGACUGGUGGGAUAAGCAGGAACGACGCAACUUCGGCGAGCCUGUCCACGAGGAGAACGAGAUCCUCGGUGUCUUCAGUCCCGAACAAUAUACCCAUGUAACGCCUGGCAAAGGCAUCCUUCAGAUCGGAGCCUUUGUCGUGGCUUUCCUGGGCCUAUGCGGCACUGUCAGCCUGUUCUACCCUGAUAAGCCCAGCGCCCCCAGGACCUUCCCUGACGGACUGGAGAAAGAAUUGGGUGGAUCCGGCGCUGUUGUCGCCCGUAAAUCUGACGGGGACUCGUGGUGAUCAAUUUAUUCUCUGAUACACUGUAAAUAAGUACAAUAUGAGUUUCGCGAUCGUUUUCGACCUUCUAUGGUGGCCCAGCGAACGGCGGUACACUGGGGAAGGCCCGCCCCCACCCCAAUCCGCUCGAUUCACGGGAGGGCCCAGAUGCGAAAGGGUUUGGAAUGGCCGUCUUUCGAAGCCGUAAUACGGGUGGAUUUUAGGAUAGCAAGUGGCUCUUACAGAGACUCCAGCUCGUGGGUCAACGGGGGGAAUUCCUUAUGAAGGUCGCGUAGGGCGCCUGGGAAGCAUUUGGUUAGGAAUGCUUAUUCCACGAGGGAAAAAAAAAAAAAGAAAAUGAAAGGAAGAGAAAGGGUGUUGAGG